AUGGCCCCAGAUCUCAGUAAACAGUCCCACAUCCUCAUCGUGGGCGGUGGUACCUGGGGAUGCUCAACGGCUCUCCACCUCGCCCGUCGAGGUUAUACCAACGUCACUGUUCUCGAUGUAAACCAUAUUCCUUCACCCAUCUCAGCUGGACAUGAUGUGAACAAGAUUGCAGGGGGGCUGAACGAACCUGACAGUAAAGGCGAUGACGAAGACGCGAUCUGGCAGGCACUUGGAUAUGCCGCUGCACAAGGCUGGACAAAAGACCCUGUCUUCAUGCCAUACUGUCAUGAUACAGGCUACGUCAUCUCUGGCUCAACGCCUGAGUCUAUUAAGCAGGUGGUAGAUGACGAAGUCGGUGACAAAAUAAACGAAUUCACCCCCCUCAAUACUGCAGAAGACUUUAGAAACACUAUGCCGCCUGGUGUCCUGACAGGUGAUUUUACUGGAUGGAAAGGCUUCUUCAAGUCGAAGGGUUCCGGUUGGGUCCACGCGCGAAAAGCUUUGAUUGCUGCGUUUGAGGAGAGCAAAAGACUCGGCGUUACGUUCAUCACGGGCUCUCCAGGAGGACAAGUCGAGAAUUUCCUAUUUGAAGAUGGCGAUGUCCGAGGUGCUAAGACGGCAGAUGGGACGGAGCACAGAGCAGACAGGACCAUUCUUUCUGCUGGUGCAUCAGCAGAAAUGUUCCUCGACUUUGAGAACCAGAUUCGUCCUACAGCUUGGACUUUAGGGCACAUCCAGAUGACUCCUGAGGAGACAAAGCUCUACAAAAACCUUCCGGUUCUUUUCAACAUCAAUAAAGGUUUUUUUAUGGAACCUGAUGAGGACCUCCACCAGCUCAAGAUGUGCGAUGAGCACCCUGGAUACUGCAACUGGGUCACAAAGCCUGGUUCUAAAUAUCCAGUUUCCGUUCCCUUUGCCAAGCAUCAGAUCCCCCUUGAGUCUGAACGUCGCAUGAAAGAAUUCCUGAAGGAUACCAUGCCUCAACUGGCAGAUAGACCACUUGUUCAUGCGCGAAUCUGCUGGUGUGCUGAUACACAGGAUAGAAUGUUCCUUAUCACCUACCACCCUCGACAUCCCUCUCUUGUCGUGGCUUCAGGUGAUUGUGGCACAGGAUAUAAACACAUCACUUCGGUUGGCAAGUUCAUCUCAGAUUGUAUGGAGGGUACUUUGGAGGAAAGAUUUGUCAAGUAUUGGAAAUGGCGACCGGAGAAGUUUACCGAGUUUUGGGGCAAGGAUCCUUUGGAUCGGUUUGGGGCUGAUGAUACGAUUAUGGAUCUACCGAAGAGUGACACCGAGGGUUGGACUGAUAUCAAGAAUGAUAGGGCAACAUUAUAG